UUAACAAAGUUGUAUUUCCAGUUACAUCAACAACGUCAAGCAAAGUCGAUAUUAUAAGCAAAAAAAUAAAAAUAAGCUUACGAAUAAUUGAAUAAUUUCAACGCAUUCGCUGGAGCAGAACAUAGAAGACAAAUCUAAAAUAUGCUGCGUAAUGCGCGCAUGCUUUUGAAGACAUUCUCCAGUUUAGGCAGACAAUUUUCGACCACGCAAACGAGCAACAGUCGGGUUUGUGUCAUCGGCGCUUGUGGCAAUGUGGGUCAGGCGUUGUCUCUCUUGCUCAAACGUGAUGAUCUCGUCACAGUGCUGUCGCUAUACGACUUGAAGAAGGCUAUUGGUAUGGCGCUGGAUAUGUCACACGUGGACACGAACUCCGAAGUGGCUGGUUUCGAAAAAAUUGAGAUGCUGCCAAAAGCUUUGUAUUGCGCUGAUGUCGUUGUCAUUGUGGCGGGUCAACCGCGCAAGAAAGGCAUGUCCGAAGAUGAAAUGCUCAAACAAAACUCCGGUAUUAUAUUUGAGGUUAUGCCAGCCAUCGCCGAAGUCUGUCCGAAAGCAUUGAUUGCGAUUGUGACAGGUCCAACCAAUGCGAUUGUGCCGUUAGCAGCGGAGGUACUAAAAACGAAAGACGCGCAUGAUCCUAACCGCCUAUUCGGUGUCACCACACACAAUGUGGUGCGUGCUCGCACUUUCAUCUCCGACGAAUUGCAAGUGGAUGCGUCCAUCGUGAAAGUGCCCGUCAUCGGUGGCAAUUCGCCUUGCACGAUUCUACCGGUGCUCACGCAUACCAAACCGAAAUUCAAAAUCGAAGAUGAGGACGACGCACUGCCGAUAAUUCGGAAAGUGCGUGAAGCUGAGGAACAAGUGGCCGCGGUGAAGGGUGAUCAGGGCGCCACACUGGUUAUAGCGCACUCGGUCGCUAAAUUUACACACUCGCUGCUGAUGGGUCUGGCCGGUAAGGGCGAUCCGAAGGAAUGUGCCUAUGUGGAAUCGGCUGUGACCGAUAGCGCCUUCUUCUUGAAACUGGGUAAACAGGGUAUUGAGAAGAAUUUGGGUAUACCAGAUUUGGCGAAAUUUGAGGCCGAAUUACUGCAUGAAUUGAUGCCGGAGCUGAAGGAGAGCAUUAAGAAGGGUAUUGACUUUGCGAAGAAGACGAAGAAAUGAUUGAGGCUUGUUUUUUAGUUUGUUAAAUUAUGUGUUCGGAAAUGAUAGAGCCUUGGUUUUUAGUUUGUUAAAUUAUAUAUUCGGUUCGA